UCUCCCCCGCGCUUCCUGCAGUUAGGGAGUCGCUGCCGCCGCCGCCACAGCUGCCGCCGCUGCCGUGUCCUUUCCGCCGGCUCGCUCUCACUGGAAGUGCCAUGGCGGCCUUCAGCAAGUACCUGACGGCGCGGAACACCUCGGUGGCGGGGGCCGCGCUCCUGCUGCUCUGCCUGCUGCACAGGCGGCGCCGCGCUCUCGGCCUGCACGGUAAGAAAAGUGGAAAACCACCAUUACAGAACAAUGAGAAAGAAGGAAAAAAAGAGCGAGCUGUGGUGGACAAGGUGUUUUUAUCAAGGCUUAUGCGGAUUCUCAAAAUCUUGAUCCCCAGAACAUUUUGUAAAGAGACAGGAUACUUGAUACUUAUUGCUGUUAUGCUGGUAUCUCGAACAUAUUGUGAUGUUUGGAUGAUUCAAAAUGGGACACUCAUUGAAAGUGGCAUCAUUGGUCGUAGCAGAAAAGAUUUCAGGAAAUACUUACUCAACUUCAUCGCUGCCAUGCCUCUCAUCUCUCUUGUUAAUAACUUCUUGAAGUAUGGGUUAAAUGAGCUCAAACUGUGCUUCCGAGUGAGGCUCACUAGAUACCUCUAUGAGGAAUAUCUCCAGGCUUUCACAUACUAUAAAAUGGGAAAUCUGGACAACAGAAUAGCAAAUCCAGAUCAACUACUUACACAAGAUGUAGAAAAGUUUUGUAAUAGUGUAGUUGAUCUAUAUUCAAAUCUUAGUAAGCCAUUUUUAGACAUAGUUUUGUAUAUUUUCAAGUUAACAAGUGCAAUUGGAGCUCAGGGCCCAGCGAGUAUGUUGGCCUACUUGCUUGUCUCUGGGCUAUUCCUGACUCGACUCAGGAGGCCUAUUGGUAGGAUGACAAUAACUGAGCAAAAGUACGAAGGUGAAUAUCGGUAUGUUAAUUCCCGGCUCAUCACAAACAGUGAAGAAGUUGCCUUUUACAAUGGGAAUAAAAGAGAAAAGCAGACAAUCCACUCAGUCUUCCGAAAACUGGUGGAGCACCUACAUAAUUUUAUUUUGUUUCGGUUUUCUAUGGGUUUCAUUGAUAGCAUAAUUGCCAAAUACAUUGCCACGGUUGUUGGUUACAUAGUUGUCAGUCGUCCUUUCCUAGAUUUAUCUCAUCCAAGACAUCUCAGAAGUACACAUUCAGAGCUUCUAGAGGAUUACUACCAAAGUGGAAGAAUGCUUUUGCGAAUGUCUCAAGCUCUAGGUCGAAUAGUUUUGGCUGGGCGUGAAAUGACUAGAUUGGCCGGUUUUACUGCUCGGAUUACAGAAUUAAUGCAAGUACUGAAGGAUUUAAAUCAAGGCAAAUAUGAACGCACAAUGGUUUCACAACAGGAAAAGGGUGUUGAAGAAGUGCAAAUCAGCCCCUUGAUACCUGGUGCUGGAGAAAUCAUCAAUGCUGAUAACAUUAUACGGUUUGAUCAUGUUCCUUUAGCAACACCAAAUGGAGAUAUCUUGAUCCGAGAUCUCAGUUUUGAAGUUCGAUCUGGGGCCAAUGUUCUAAUCUGUGGUCCAAAUGGCUGUGGGAAGAGUUCACUUUUCCGUGUUCUUGGUGAAUUAUGGCCUCUUUUUGGGGGACGUCUAACUAAACCUGAGAGAGGAAAGUUAUUUUAUGUUCCUCAGAGGCCUUAUAUGACCCUUGGAACACUUCGAGACCAAGUAAUAUAUCCAGAUGGAAAAGAAGAUCAGAAAAAGAAGGGGAUAUCUGACCUAGUACUGAAAGAGUAUUUAGACAAUGUGCAGCUGGGCCAUAUCCUUGAACGAGAAGGAGGCUGGGACAGUGUUCAGGACUGGAUGGAUGUACUCAGUGGAGGAGAAAAGCAAAGAAUGGCGAUGGCGAGAUUAUUUUAUCAUAAACCUCAGUUUGCCAUUUUGGAUGAAUGCACAAGUGCAGUCAGUGUGGAUGUGGAAGGCUACAUUUACAGCCAUUGUCGAAAGGUUGGCAUCACCCUCUUCACUGUGUCACAUAGAAAAUCUCUUUGGAAACACCACGAGUACUACCUGCAUAUGGAUGGCAGAGGCAAUUACGAAUUCAAACAGAUCACAGAAGAUACAGUUGAGUUUGGCUCUUAGAGAAAUCCAGAGAACUGUACCUGCUUCAAUGAAAUAAAAUAAUAGCAGAAUACACUUAGAAAUACAAAGUACAUUGUAAAAUAAAAUUGAACUUUUUAAAAAAAAAAAAAAAUUAACAACAUAAAGAAUAAUUGAGAACAUGUUAAAACAUUUAAUAUUAUGUAGGAUAUUGCUGAUUGUGUAUAUGUUGGUUUAAUUAUUAAUAUGUACUAAGAAUGUCCUUAUUCUUGUGGUUAAAAAACCUGCCUAAAUUAAAUUGGGCUUAAAUCAGUGUAACCUGAUUCAUCCUGGGAUGUAAACCAUUUGAAGUCAGCUAAUUUGACUUCUGUGGCUCUAUCUUCUCCUUCAAUGAAGAACCCUGUUUAAAACUGGGGUCAUCACUUGUCCUAACACAACAGUCUUCAGUUUCAUUUUCUUGUGUCCCAUGGUAGUGGGAACCAAACAAAUCAUAAUCUAUUAUUAGACUCUAACAUCUUUGCUUAAUAGCAUUUAUUAUGCAGUGGCAUAUUUCUGUAGCUGCUGCAGUUAUACUCAUUCCUUAUGUAUGCCUUGGGGUGCAUUUGACUCCAGGAAAGUCAUUUGGAUUUUCUUAGCUGAACAAUACAUGUGCUCUUUUCCGUCAACAGGAUUGAAUUGAGGAUUCUUUGUGGUGAUAUAAUGAAAGUAUAUGUGCAGUCUUGCUUAGAAGGGGUGAUUACUUCAUGUCACACCUAAUCUUCCCCAUAUUUGGGAUUGUAAAACACAGUCAAGCUCAAGGUCUUACGAGAGUUUUAGAUUUUGUAAAAGAAUUGGACAGAUUUAUGUGUGUCAGAAGCUCAUCCAUUAGAAAUGUUUGGUAAUAUGGUUUUAAACUCCAGACAAGCCAUAGGAAUGCACUACAUGAAGCAUUGCACUGAGUAUGUGAUGUCAUCACUGUCUUUGUGAUUAUGUGUUUUUAAAAAUGUUAAAAAUUAUUGGGCACAUGGGUGAAUUAUGUUGCCUAGGCACUGGUUUAUCUCUGAAUCUUGAAUACCUUUUUUUAUAUUUGGGUUAUCAUAAUGUUGAACUGACUUAAAAGAAAUCAAUUUCAGCUUACCAAACCACCAUUAAUGAUUGCAUAUUUUUUUGCACAAGAACUGAAUCUGAGUAUAAUCAAUAAAUUAGAUAUAAAAUCAGUUUUAUUAAGCUGGAGUCCAGAAAGGGGCAUUUUAUAUUGUUUCUGCAUAACUGAUUUUGUUUUUUGCAGAACUGACUAAGAAUCACUGGCUACCGAAAGAAACUCAUUGUACUGAUUCUAUAAUAUAUAGCAUUCAAUUUUUAUCACUUCUCUCUAGCGAACUUGUAUACUUAUUUUCUGUUCAGAUUAAAGAAAAUUAGAUACCCUGUGUAA